AUGAUUUUCCUCCUUUACUACCUCAGCUGUGGAGCUGUCCUUGCACAAGAAGUAGAUGCUGUACCAGAGAUUGAUCCCUUCGCUGGAAUCAACGAAGAGACCGAUUGGAACGUCUUUGACCAGUCAAAUGACCCAGUCGAAGUUGAUGAGGAAGGCUUCGGACACGAUUAUACGAAGGCACUUAAACUCUGCUAUAAAUUCUUCUACGCGCAGAUGAGCGGCAAACUUCCUGAGGACCACCCACUGGACUGGCGCGGUGAUUCGGCGUUGAACGACGGGAAAGAUAAUGGUGUCGACCUCUCUGGCGGUUAUUACGAUGGCGGUGGAUUCAUUAAAUAUGGCUUUCCAAUGGCGUUUUCCACUACGAUGAUGGCUUGGUCGACGAUUCACUAUUGGAGAACCCUGAAAGAUGUCGGCGAAACAAAAGCUGCGCUAGAAACGCUGCGCUGGGGAGCUGACUACUUGAUGAAAUGCCACCCCGAGGACGGCGUUUUCUACAUCCAGGUGUCUGACAAGACAAAUGACGAAAACUUCUGGGGAAGAAUUGAAGACGGCGAAAAACUGAACUACCAAAGAAAGCGGAGCUACAAAGUUGAUGUAAAUCACAAAGGAACUGAGCCAGUUGCUGAGGCUGCCGCUGCUUUGGCCGCCACGUCAAUUGUUUUUGCUGAAAUCGAUGCUUAUUACGCUGAUGAUUGUCGAAGACAUGCUAUGGAGCUGUUUGAGAUGGCGUGGAAACCUGAUCAGCGGCGAAAGUAUGACCAGACUUUCAAAGAGGCAGCAAAAGCGUACAAAUCCUUCAAGGGAUUUUAUGACGAGCUUGCUUGGGCUGCUAUUUGGCUUUAUAAAGCAACUGGAAAGCAGAGAUAUCUCAUCAAUGCCGUCGGAGUCUACAAAAAUCAACAUCUUGAGAAAGACAUUUCUUCCUUUUCUUGGGAAAACAAGACACCAGCUGUUCACUACUUGAUGGCGGAGAUUUCAAAGCAAGCACAAGCAGCCAGAUAUAAGAAUACUUUCCGUCUUUUCUGCCGAGAUAAAGGUUACGGUGGCAAAGCUAAGCGAACUCCCCUUGGUUUACUCUAUCUCAACGAUUGGGGACCUCUUCGACAUGCUGCUGCAGCUGCUGGUUUAUGCUUCAUGGCUGCUCAAAUGAAAAUUGAUCCUGAUGCGAACUUUGUUCUCGGACAAAGUCAGCUUGAUUACAUUCUUGGGGACAAUGGAAGAUCAUAUGUUGUUGGAUACGGAAACGACUAUCCGACGCGCUACUAUCACAAAGAAUCCUUCUGUCCCGAGCAGCCAGAGCCCUGCGGUUCGUUUACAGGAAUUCCAAAUCGACAUCAGCUUGAUGGAGCAUUGGUUGGUGGUCCCGAUGAAUUUGAUAGAUAUGACGAUGAUCCCUGGAAGCAACAGCAGUCAUCUGUCGCUAUGGACUACAAUGCGAUGUUUUUAUUCUCGCUUCUUGGCAAGAUUGACCACGAGACAUACGGCGCUAAGCCUCCACCUCGGUUAGCUCCAGGAAAAGGUCUUAAAGUGGGCGACAUGAGUCAAUCUGGUGCUAGAAGUCAAGCUGAUCCUGAAGGUUACGAUCCGGACAGACCAGACAGUGGAAAUAGAAUCGAUUACUUCCAUGCGCUUCAGAAAACGCUCCUGUUUUAUCACGCUCAAAGAGCAGGUGAAAUUCCAGAAGACUUUCCGAUAGGAUGGAGAAAGACUGCUACAAUCCAAGACAUUGAUGGAGACGAUACAGAUUUAACAGGUGGUUACUUUGACGGCGGAGGAACCAUGAAGUACACCUUCCCAAUGGCUUAUUCCAUCACCAUGCUUGCUUGGAGCGUCAUCGAGUACCCUGAUUCUUACGGGGAACAUUUGGAAGAAGUAAAAGACAUCAUCAAGCAUGGUGCUGACUGGCUUCACAAUGCAGCUCGUUCUACCAAAAUCGUCGCCUCUAUCGGAAACCAGACGUACGAGAAUGAGUUUUGGGGUCGCGCCGAAGAUAUGAAAGCGAAUCGGCCAAUUUACUCAGUUACAGACAAUCAAGAAGGAACCGAUUUAGCUGCGCAAAUAGUCUGUGCACUUGCAUCGACCAGUAUUGUCUUUGCUGACGACACAGAAUACUCCCAGAAACUCAUCUCAAAAGCAGAAAGUGUCAUGCAAUUCGCAGAGAAUAAUGAAGGUUUUUUUGCCGAACAUGUUCCUGAAGCAGGAAUGUAUCAAACGAGCAAUUUCAAGGACGAACUUGCCUGGGCGAAUAUUUGGAUGUAUCAAGCGCUGAAAAAUGAAGACUCCGCCACAACCUACCUCGAAACAGCACGAAAUAUUGCUGACUCCGAAGAAACUCUCCAAAGCAACCCGAAAAUUUUUGAUGUCGAUACAAAAGUCGCGGCCGUUCAACUCAUGCUGGCGCUUGAGGAAGAUGAAGAAACAACAACUCAUUUGGACGAAAUCAAGGGCUUCUGCGAUUUUUACUCCGAAGAUGUUCAAAAAACCGUGUAUGGUCUUGCCUUCCCCUCGAAAUACGCGGCAACUGGAUACGCAAGCUCCGCUUCUUUCUUAUGCUUCCUGGCGGCAGAAAAACUCAGCGCGAAGAUUGAGCCUGGAAUUCGAACUUCUUGGAAAACAUUCGGCUUCAAACAGAUGGAUUAUCUUCUUGGCUCCUCUGGUAGAUCGUACCUUGUCGGCUACGGCGAUAGCUAUCCCUUCCAAGCUUUCCAUCGAGGCGCAAGUUGUCCGAAUAGACCUUUGCAGUGUACCUCCGAGGGCUAUAAAGAUCGCGACGCCCCAAACAUGCAGAUCCUUAAUGGUGCACUUGUCUCUGGCCCAGACGAAGAUGGCCAUUUCAGCGAUAAACGACUAGCGACCAAGUACACUGCGGUCAACUUGGACAGAAAUGCGUGUUUUACCGCUGCUCUAUCCGCAGCGGAAUUUGCCAAAAAUAAGAAAGACGAUGAUGCCGACUCUUCCUCGAUGAUUCCAAUCAUCAAUACAACAAGCAUAUUAAUUCUAACAAUACUUCUGUACAUAUAA